GACCAAGGAGUUCUGUUGCAUCGUGGAUCAUACUGUCGAGAUUUUUGGAACCUUCUUGAUGGAAUUGUCGUGAUAUGUGCCCUUGUCGCAUUCGCUUUCGCUGGAACCGAAGGUGCUGCUGGUAAGAAUCUGAACACGAUCAAAUCAUUGCGAGUUCUUCGGGUGCUGCGUCCACUUAAAACCAUCAAAAGGAUUCCUAAAUUGAAGGCUGUAUUCGAUUGUGUUGUCAAUUCACUCAAAAAUGUUUUCAACAUUUUGGUCGUUUAUUUUUUAUUUCAAUUCAUUUUUGGCGUUAUCGCAGUGCAACUCUUCAAUGGCAAAUUCUUCUUUUGUACCGAUAAAACAAAACGUUACGCACACGAGUGUCAUGGACAGUUCUUCGUCUUUGAAGAACAGAAUGAACCACCACGAGUUGAGAUGCGUGAAUGGCGACUUCGACCAUUCAACUAUGACAACACGAUAAAUGCGAUGUUAACGCUUUUUGUCGUGACGACAGGUGAGGGAUGGCCAGGUAUAAGACAGAAUUCAAUGGACACAACCGAAGAAGAUCAAGGACCGUCGCCAUUCUUUAGAGUUGAGGUACGAUCACAAACCCAUUCUAUUGAGCUGGAUAUAAGGGAGUGCCUACAAAGAUGCUGCAAUUGCCCUAUUAAAAUAACGUCAUUAGACAAAUGUCCUUUUGAAUUCUGUUCUCCUAAUUGA